UAGAGUAGCACAUGACACAUUGCGAUACAGCGGGAAAUGUGCGACGCGAGGCACACAGUGAACGUUCGGCGUUGACAGUAGUUUUGUUUUUACAUCUUCGCUGUUUUAAACACUCAUGCUGGAACCGACACGUGUUGUUUUAGGAUAGGAAUAAAAACGUUGGAUAGGGACAUAAAGUUGUAAGUCUCAAUAGCCGUGGAACUGACGUUACCGAAACACUUCUGACAAAAAAAUGUCAUUUUAACGUAUGGGCAAUAAAACAUGUGAUUCUGUUAUUUGAAUAAAAACUGUGGAUUAUGGCCGAAAGACGUAAUUCGAAUUGUUGAUAGCAAUGCCGAAAUCCGUGGACGUGAAAAAACAAAUUCGAAGCCAUACGCUACGUUGCGAAUUUUAAAAUGUUUUACAUCAGAGGUUCUGGUUUUUUUGUUGAAAACAAAAACAUAAAAUCAUUGUAUGCGUUCAAUUUGAUGAGUAAAUAUUUGCACUGUUAACGAUUAAGGUGGACAUUUACAAUUCAUAUAUUGUACAUUGUUCCCCUAUGAAAAUAGUUAGUGAUUCCGGUAAAAUCCGACUUUUUUAUUGAUUACGGAUGAUUGUCGCUCAGUAAUCUGAAAACACACACAUUAAAAAGCCUAAAAAUUAAUAAAAUUGAUAGUUAAAAACUGACGUUUUCGAAUUGGCUGUUUUGUUGUUAAAGUGUAAAAAAGAAAACAAUAAUACGCGACAACAUUAAUAGCGUAUGGGCGAGUCGUCGGAAAAUGAAAGCACAUCGUGUCGGCAUAUCAAAGUGAAGUGUGAACAACACUGAUAACUGACAGCGCGCGGUAUAUCACUAAAUUUACGUUUUAUUAGCCAAAAACACAGAGUGUAUAUUAGAAAACCGCAAUUAAGAUCAAGAACGUAUGAUAACGCCUAUAUCGCGAAGUCAAGUGUGUCGAAUCAAUUAAACUUUCUCGCUGUCUUGACUGUAAAGUGCACAACUGUAUAAACGGCGACAGAAACAGAAAUCGAUAUCAGGUCCCCACACACCCGAAUUGAAAUCGGGACGAAAUUAAAAUAAUCGGAACCCGCAACGGCGUCUACAAACGAGAGACAGGAAUUGUGAUUUUAACAAAACUCAAGGAAGUUGAAUAACCGGAUUUCAAUAACAAACACCGCAUCUGAAAUUACAGGAGUGGAAAAAAGACGAACCAUUCUGUCUACUGGAACAAUAUGCAAACCUCUAUUGCAUCGUGUGAAAUUUUGGGAGCAAUUUGUGUCACGUAACGGAAUAUCUGGUACUUACAUGUACUCUGAGUUAUUUAAGAGCUUUGUAGUAUUUUGCGGAAUUUCGAGACUUUUACUUUAUUUUAACAACGUUUACAACUUAAGCUAGAAUCGUGGAGGUAAUCAAGGGACUACGUCGACUGACGGAGAGGUUCAAGUCAUGUUCGGUUGACAGGGCGGAUGUGAUCAAGGCAGAACCAGUACGCACUGAGUGGAUCGUAUGCUCCCGGAAGCGAAUGGGGUCGACGCCGAGUUCUCCGAUACCGGACGCGGUGGCCGAGGAAAAGUUUUGGGUGCCGCCGGCGGUCAUUGACCGGAAGCGAGCGCAGAGCCUCGUGCCUUCGUCUUUGAACGAUAGCGAAGAAGAGGCCAGCUCGGGUGCCACAACACCAAAGUCGUUGGGUGGUCUGCGCGAGUUCACGUAUGGGUUCCAGUCCACGCCCUUUAUUCACGCCUCCUCCGACGAAGCAACCUCGCCGACACCGACAAUUCAACGACAACGACGGGCCUCUAUGCAGGAUGCCAUCGACUUCCGGAAGAUAGAUUCAAAGUUAUAUGAUCGACGGGUGCUUAGGCGCCAAAGAUCGGUAGCAAACAUUGAAGAAGAUCCUCUUGGAAGCAUCAACUUUAGUCUAGAAUUCAAUGCAGAGACAUCUUUGCUGACCAUUUAUCUCGUCGAGGCCGAGAAUCUCGUCACGCGAGAUGAUAGGUCAACCGCUGAUCCAUAUUGCAAAGUAAGACUACUUCCGGAUCGGCGCACGCAUCUUCAAAGUAAAAUACAUCGAAGAACAACGCAGCCUAUUUUUGACGAAGAGUUUAUUUACGAGGUGGAUGAAAACAAUUUGAGUUCCAUGACUCUUGAACUGUUAUUGUUCGAUUAUGACCAGUUUGCUCGCCACGUGUGUAUGGGACAGGUUAAACUUCCUCUGGAGAACGUGGACUUUUCCAAACGCCAAUCCUUCUGGAAACCGCUUUCGAAAUCCAAGGAAUUUAAAACGCAAGAUAACGGCGAAGUGAUAUUCUCCCUUGGAUAUUUGUCCAGUGCAGAAAGAUUGACUGUAGUCAUAAUGAAAGCAAGAAAUUUACGCUAUCAUGAACGAGGAAAAAUGACAAUAGAUCCGUACGUAAAGGUUUCCCUCGGUACUGGGCCGGAGAAAAAGGUAAAGAAGAAAAAGACGUCAACGCUCCAUAACGUCUCUGACCCAGUUUGGAACGAAGCUCUCACGUUCAGCCUUCAAAAAGACUGUCUACAGAACGUAACGCUGGAAGUUCUGGUCUGUAAUGACAACAAAAUUGGCAACGACGUAUUAAUAGGUCGUGCGAAGAUCUCGCGAGAAUCUCGGGGCGAUGAGAAACUCCAUUGGGACGAAUUAGUGAAUUGUAGAAGUGCGGUUGCCAGAUGGCAUAAACUGUCGUUGUAAAUAUGACUUUAAUGCCUUUCGCCAAUUAAGUUUCUCCUUGACUGCACGCUUGACUGUGAAUAGUUCAGUUAAAUUAAUGCAUGCGCAUUUUCCACUUUUCUAACAGCAAUUCUUUCAGUUUUUGAUUAUUAAGCAAAAUGGUUUUGGGAUAUUUCGUUUCAGAUAUCAAUUGUGUUGGUUUGCUAGUUUUUCAUUUCCACCAUAUAAUUGAGAAUAUUGUACUAUUUUAAUUUUCUAUACCGGACAUAAUCCGAACGCAUUAUGUUAAGUAAAGAUUGUACUUGCACCGUUACUUUAUACUGGACAUGAGUAUCAAAUACUUGUUUAAUUUUCUAUACAGGACAUUAUUAUAACGUAUUAUGUUAGGUAAAAAUUGUACUUGCACACUUACUUUAUACUGGACAUGAGUAACAAGUACUUGUCACAGGCAGGCUAUGUGAAGAAUGCAUAUUAUAACUAUCAUACACAUUUGUGACAGCUUUUGCUAUGGAAUAAUUUGGGAUAUGUUUUAUGACAAUACUAAGUAUCCCGUCUAGUCUCGACAGAUACAUGUGCAAUUUCACCAGAGCUAUCGUCAACAUAAAUAUGACUGUGUGACGGGGCCCUCAUUAACAAAAGAUGACAUGCACAAAAUGCUCGCAUUCGAGUUGAAUUCGUUAAUAAAUAUAUAUCAGAGGUAUAUCGAAGUAUGUAUGUGAUAUACUCUAAGGAUUCAAGUAAGUGUAACACAAGGUAAUACGACUUUUUCUUGACCUGUGAUAAACUGUGGAAAAAGUUGUCAAAUUGUUAUAAUCGUUCAAACCAUAUUUCCAUCGUUGACGCAUAUAUUGAUGAACAAAUUCAGGUCAUCUUUACAAUUUGAUAAUUAAUAAAAAUUAAAUUAAAUUUAGACCGUAUGUAUAGCCGUUCCACAAUGUUACUCGUCCUUUUUAAAAUAUUAUAGUGCAAGUGACAUGAAAAAGGCGUGAAUUCCUUUUUCAUAAAUAAUUAAACACAAACAUUUUUCAUAUGUUUUUCAUGUUAAGUUUAGUAAAAUAUGUUCAUGAAAUGUACUGCCUCAUUGUUGUAAUGCUAGUUUGUAUCAAUGUGUAUCUGUUAAGAAAUGUAUGUGAAAACUACAACCGUUCACAGGAAUGUGUAAACAUACUGCUAAUUUAAACCGCACGCCAAUAGAACAAUUGUAAAGAUCAAACAGUAUUGUAUCUUCUCCGUGCUACAUGAUUGAUGCAUACUUUCGUUGGCACUUAUUUGUGUGUACAUACAUUUACACAAGCUGAUAUAUUUUGACGUUUUUUGUUGAUGUAAAAUAUAUUAAAUUAAUGCUUA